CACCACCACCACCACCACCACCACCACACCCCUCUGCCAUUCCACCUGCUCAUAGUCACCACUACCUUCCUCUCAAGCCCAACAAUACUACACACGCCAACACCAUACAUGUCCACCUCCACUCCAACCCCGCGCAGCAAAAGCAGCAGCACAACCACAUCUAAAAUGUCCGCAAUCCUCAAAUCCAGUCCCAUCCACUUUGGGCCCUUCCUCGUCACAACCCAGGUCUUCCACCUCACCCCAUACACCUUCGCCCUUGUCAACCUCAAACCCAUCCUCCCGGGCCACGUCCUAAUCUCUCCCCGCCGCGUCGUCCCCCGAGUCUCCGACCUUACGCCCACCGAAACCUCCGACCUAUUUCUCACCGUCCAGCGCGUCUCCCGCAUGGUGGAACGGGUAUAUCGCGCCUCCAGCUUGAAUAUCGCUAUCCAGGAUGGCGUGGAUGCGGGACAGAGCGUGCCGCAUGUUCAUGCGCAUAUGUUGGAUGGGGAGGAAGGGGAUCUAAGGGCUGCAUUUGGGGAAAAGAGGAGAGAGGGGUUCCCGAAGGUUGAUAAUGAGGCGAGGGAGGCUAGGUCGUUGGAGGAGAUGGAGGGGGAGGCCAAGAUGUUGGCGGAGGAGAUGGAGAAAGAGAUGGAGAUGGAGAAAGAGAUGGAGAUGGAGAUAAAGAGGGGGGAGUUGGAUUGAGGGGUUAAGUUGGGUUGGGUUGGAAUUCGAUAGAUUGGUGAGUGUAUAUACUGGUUUGUGUACUCUAUAGAGUUGUA